ACAUUCACACACAAUCACCCUUUCUAACUUCUGGGACUCUUUGCGCAACUGCUAGGAUUUCUCAAGUGCAUGUGGCAACACAGCCCAGCUCCGGGUGGAAACCAGCAGGGCUCUGGAGGGGCUCGGAGACCAGGGGAGCUGUCAAGGCUGCGGCGGGGACCAGAAAGGAGCCCGGCGCGGGUGGCUGGGGGAAUCCCCCCAACUUUCCACCGCAGGCGCAGCUCUCUCGGCCGUCAAUUUCCUCCGAAACCCGCGCUGCGGAGCAGCCUAGUGCAUGGGGUUCAACACUUCCCCUUGUUGUGGAAAGUAAAGGAGCCUCACUACCACCUUUUUUUCUUUGCAUUUUCUUACUGCUGGUCCUGGGAGGCUUUUCCUUCGGAGCAGCAGCGUCCCGCGUCUGUCUUGAAGUCCCAGCAGGGAAAGUCCAUAAGCUUGAUAAUGGAGGAGAACAAUGACGCCACGGAGAACCCCCAACAAGGCCAAGGGCGGCAGAAUGCUAUCAAGUGUGGGUGGCUGAGGAAGCAAGGAGGCUUUGUCAAGACUUGGCAUACUCGCUGGUUUGUGCUCAAGGGGGAUCAGCUCUACUAUUUCAAAGAUGAAGAUGAAACCAAGCCCUUGGUGAGUAGGAGAAAAUGUAAAGCAUUAAGGGCCUAAGAAAGCCAAGAAAUAGAGGGAUUUGCUGGAAACUGAUUGGGACUGAGACCACCCAAAGUCCCCCGGUCUCCUUCAGUUCAUUGUCAUCUUUCACCCUUUUACCCAUUGUUUGCUUUGAGUUGGAGAUAAUAAAUUUGCUAAUUCAGGCCAAGAGGCAAAUUAUACUUGU